AUGUCUGACACUGAAAGUCUUCGUUCUAAUACUCAUCACAUGCCCAAGACUGAUGAAGUGUUAGACGACCAUAGAAACCAUUUACCUAUUAUCCACCCACAACAAGGCUCUAGCGACAUCUACAAAGGGACCUCUGUUGCAAUUACUGACUCAGAAGACGAAGAACCUGGUGUGACUAUUGCACCACCACCAAAAAGAAGACCAUCCAAAAAAAUGCCACGCAGAUCCAGUCAAUCCCACGGUAACCCUCCCUCGUCCCUGCUGAAAAGCGCAUAUAUGAACACCUUGCGUAAGGACUUUUACCUCAACGAAGAAGAUUCUUCUCCUCCCAUUUUAAAAUCAACCCCAAGAAAGAAAACAAGAGCAUAUUCAAACUCUCAACAACAGCAACAGCAACAACAACAACAACAACAACAACAGCUACCACACCACUACCAUGUUGAUGAACCUUCUUCUGAUUUGGUGAGUCCCUUGACUAAAUACAAAACUAAUGAUAGUGAUGCCUCCUACACAAGAGGAGGAAGAAGACCAAGCAGAUCAUCCAUUGACAGUGAAGCCGAUUCUCAUGCUUCAAGAUCAUCCCAGGAAACCGAAGAAGACGUCUGUUUCCCCAUGCUGCGAGAACAUAUCAGAAUCAAUGGUAUCGAUUUCGAUGAAAUUGAAGAGUUUAUCAAGGAAGAACGGGAAUUGAUUGCCCAUCUGGUUAUGGAACGCAAUGAAUCUAGAAAUCAUUCAAUGGCUACCGGAAACGCAGCAUCAAUCGCACAACAACAAUCAUCAGCUGCAUCUAUGAAGUACACUCCCAAGAAUAUUUUGAAAAAGACACAAACUACAUUAACUAAAAUCAAAUCUCAUUGGGAUCCCCUGUCUCUGUCAUCUGACCCUGACCGUGAACUAUACUACAAUAUCGAUGAAAAAGAUCAUGGGUUUGAUGAUAGCUCUUCUCUGUCGGAACAAGUGCGUUUUGGUGGGGCAAGAAUUACCGAUGGCUCCACUAGUUCGUUGCCACAAAGAUUUUCAUUUUUCCAUUCUGAAUCCGAUGAAACUGUCCAUGCUGCUGAUAUCCCUAGUUUAGUAGCUCCAGGACAAUCCGUGUGUGAUUUAUUCAGAAAUGGGGAAGAAACUUGGUGGUUAGACUGUUCAUGUCCCACUGAUGCCGAAAUGAAGAUGCUUGCCAAGGCAUUUGGAAUCCAUCCCUUGACUGCCGAAGAUAUCAGAAUGCAAGAAACUAGAGAAAAAGUGGAAUUAUUCCGGAGUUAUUACUUUGUUUGUUUCCAUACAUUUGAACCCGAUAAGGAAUCAGAAGACUAUUUAGAACCAAUCAAUGUUUACUUGGUGGUUUUCCGAGAAGGUAUAUUAACAUUCCAUUUCUCGCCAAUUAGUCAUCCAGCUAGUGUGAGAAGAAGAGUGAGACAAUUGCGUGAUUAUGUUGAUGUUAGUGCUGAUUGGUUGUGUUAUGCCCUUAUUGAUGAUAUCACCGAUGGUUUUGCACCAGUAAUCACCGGCAUUGAAUACGAAGCGGAUGCAAUUGAAGAUUUUGUGUUUGUAGCAAGAGACUCUGAUUUCAGUAACAUUUUACAAAGAAUUGGUGAAUCAAGAAGAAAAGUCAUGACAUUGAUGAGAUUAUUAUCUGGUAAAGCCGAUGUUAUUAAAAUGUUUGCCAAGAGAUGUCAAGACGAAGUACAACAAGCACAAGCUUCUUCCCAACCCCAAUCGCAGGUAUCACCUAAUCAAUCAUUUUCAGGAUAUCCUGUGGGUUUCAACCAAGGUGGAACUGGUGGUGUUAGUUUUGGACCUGGUCCAACCCCUCUCACGCCCUCUCAACCAGCAAAUACUGUCACACAUACUUCCAGUGCUGGUCUCGGUAGUGGCAACACAGACAUUGCUCUUUACUUGGGUGAUAUUCAAGAUCACGUUGUCACCAUGUUCCAAAACUUACUUUCAUAUGAAAAAAUCUUUAGUAGAUCCCAUUCAAACUAUCUUGCCCAAUUGCAAGUCAAAUCAUUCAAUGCCAAUAAUAAAAUCACGGAAAUGUUUUCUAAGGUGACAUUAAUUGGUACCAUGUUGGUUCCAUUAAACUUAAUCACGGGUUUGUUCGGGAUGAACGUAUUGGUUCCAGGUCAAAAUGCUGAUAAUUUAGGAUGGUGGUUUGGGAUCCUUGGGGUAUUGAUUGUGGUUAUUCUUCUGCUGUUUGUAUUUGCCAGAUGGUGGAUUGGGAAAUUGAACUCAAAAAUGGACGGUGGAGAAGGAGUUGUUCUUAGUGCAAGAAAAUCAAUAAAGAGCUUAGGAUUGAGAAGAAAUAGAGGUAAGGAUGCCAGAUCCAUGGUUAGUUUUCCUAACAAAUACGAAUAG